UGUGCGCCUUACAUGGCUGAGGAGAUAGUGCCGUGUUAUUGGAGCGCCAUAUGUGCUGCUUGCCACGAGCAGGUUGGCAUUGUCUGAGCUGAUUGUGAUACAUGCUAUUGCUGCACCGUGUAUAGGGUUCGCUGAGGCUGAGGGCGGCACUGGCAGCUGGCCAGCGUGGACCCGCCACCGAACCUGCCGUGACCUGACCUGGCCUGGCCUGACCUGCUCAUCGCCACCAUGGCCUCCUCAAACGUGAUAAAGACAAUGGUGUCAAAGAACAAGAAGAGGUUUGAGGAGGGCAAGUUCAACCUCGAUCUAUCGUACAUCACGCCGCGCAUCAUCGCCAUGGGCUACCCGGCGCAGGACAUCGAGAAGCUCUACCGCAACGACGCCCGCACUGUGCUGGAGUUCCUCAAUCAACGCCACCCGGGACGGUACAAGCUCUUCAACCUGUGCCGAGAGCGACAGUACGACUCGGCCAUGUUCGAGGGCCGCGUCGAGUGGGAGCCGUUCGAGGACCACAAGCCGCCCCGCAUAGAGCAGAUCGCGCCGUUCUGUCGCAAGGUGCACGAGUGGCUGUGCGCGCACCCCGACAACGUGGUCGCCAUUCACUGCAAGGCCGGCAAGGGUCGGACUGGAGUGAUGAUCUGCUGUUACCUGCUGUACUCCGGGCAGUUCGCUACGCCGGCCGAGGUCCUCGCCUACUACGGCGACCAGCGCACCAAAGACGGCAAGGGCGUGACGAUCCCCAGCCAGCGGCGCUACGUCGAGUACUUCCACCGGCUGAUGGGCAUGGAGCGGCCGGCGUACCGGCCCACAAACCUCUUCCUGCAGGCCAUCACGCUGGAGCCCGAGCGGGCGCUGGAGAACAUCGUCUCCAGCGUGCACUUCUCGGUGAAGACGCGCGGUCCGACGCCGGACGCGUCCAACGGCGACGCGCGGCCGGUGCCGUCGCUGCCGCUGCUCGACUCGGAGGCGCGCAAGCAGAAGGAGCACAAGCUGAUGAGCUCGCGGCCGGUGGAGCCGGCGCGACGGGCCGGCGACACGUGCCUCCGCAUCCCCGUCAACGGAGACCUGCACUUGUGCGGCGACUUCAAGCUGGAGCUGCUCUGCAAGCCCAAGAACAAGCUGAAGCCGAAGGAGAAGCUGUGCUGGCUGUGGCUGAACACGUUCUUCGUGGCCGGGCCGGCGGCGGAGGUGGCGCGAACGGAGCGGACGGAGCGAAUGGCGCGGGCCUCCAGCUGUCCGGAGGACGAGAACGGGCCCGGCCAGGCGUACCCCAUCGCCAGGCGUCCCCAGCUCAAGUCUCGGCAUCACUCCUGCAGCGACGCCCACGUCUUGCCGGGCGUCAGUAACCGGAUCACGCUGACGCUGGCCAAGUACGAGCUGGACAAGGGCUGCAAGGACUCCCGCCUGCCCGACUCGUUCAAGAUGCACCUGAGCCUGGUGCGGCAGCGCGGCCACGUGACGCCACGGCUGCCACACGCCAGUGGCUCGGACUCGGACAGCGAGGACGACGACGAGGAGGAGUACCCCGACAGUGGCAAGGAGACAACCCACCUGUGACGACGCCGGCGUGGGGCGCCAGAGUACAAAGAAGACAGGGCCGACCGCCGGCGCGACGGCUUGUGGCGCGAUCGGACCUUGUGGCGGGCGGGACCUUGUGGCGGGAUCGGACCUUGUGGCGGGCCGGACCUUGUGGCGGGCCGGACCAUGUGGCGAGGUGACCUUGUGGCGGGCCGGAUUACUUGGCGGGGUCUGACCUUUUGACCAGGUGACCUUGUGGCGGGAUUGGACCUUGUGGCGAGACCGGGUCUUGUGACGGGCGACAUUGUGGACAGGGACGUUUUGGUGAGGUGACCUUGUAGUGAGAUGACCUGACGAGGUACACCUUGUGUGAGUCCGGACCUUGUGACACCGCCGUCCGGCGCAGCUUUCGGACAAGGUCGGUCGACCUGGCCGAACCUGGCGGCGGCGGACCGCCCUCGGCACGGACCCGACCCGACGCAGUCCGACCUGACCCGACCCGACCCGACCUGACUCGUGUGCCGCGCCGCUCGCGUUGGCGCGGCGACUGUGUGCCUACGUGCCGAACAUGUCAUACGCGUUGAGAACCCGCAGGCCCUACGUGCCGGACAUGUCAUAAGCGUUGAGAACCCGCAGGCCCCACGUGCCGGACAUGUCAUACACGUUGAGAACCCGCAGGCCCUACGUGCCGAACAUGUCAUACGCGUUGAGAACCCGCAGGCCCUACGUGCCGGACAUGUCAUACACGUUGAGAACCCGCAGGCCCUACGUGCCGGACAUGUCAUACGCGUUGAGAACCCGCAGGCGUCGCGCCCGGCCACGGGAGUGCCGCUGAGCAGUUGUUUAAGACACAACGGAGCCGCCAUGUUCUCGCGAUUUUAAUCCAUGUUCUGCACUGGUUCAGUCCACUUGUGGUGGCUUUGUAUGGUGAGCAUCUGGUGUAUUUUUUCGUGCAGAAUAUGAGUGGACAAU